CACGUAUCGCCGGAUGGUGUUGUCGAUCAUCUUUGAUAUUUAAUCUUCUGUGAUCCCAACCCUGAAGGUUUGUUAUUUCCCAUGGAGCAUGCAACUACAACAUUUUGCUCGUAUAUGUUGAGCAACUCAUUCGGAUCGAUACCCUUGCACAUACCAAACAUCUUUCACCACUAGUCGUCGGCAGCAAGGGCAUACAAACGGAUCAAGCAUCAAGCAGUGCUACCAGUUUCGAGGCGUGGCUGUCAGUGUCACGACUGUAACAAAACGAUUAAUAUUGCACCAAUAUCAGCACGAUAUUUUGAACCAUGACGUCGACACAUACCAUGGUUGGUGGCGCAGAGCCCAACCAGACCUUAACCACAUCAGGAUUUCUGGACCCCAAGGGCGAGCAGAGUGACUUCGAGCAGGCUUCAACGCGAGCUCCGUCAACGGCCCCGGAUGUUGCUAGUGACUACGAUGAGAAGAAAGAUAGCGCCGGAAACGUGACCGACGAGGAAAAGGGGGAAACACGGCCUACAGUGUCCGAACCGGCUGCAUCAAGCCCGGGCGAGUAUCCGACUGGAGCAAGGCUGAUGUUCAUCGUCAUCGCCCUGGUCCUCAGCAUUUUCUUGGUCUCGCUUGAUAUGACCAUCGUUGCCACAGCCAUCCCGAAGAUUACCGACGAAUUCCACGGCCUUGACGACGUCUCAUGGUAUAGCUCCGCAUUUUUCAUGACUCUCGGCGGCUUCCAGUCGGCAUGGGGCAAGGCAUUCAAGUACUUCCCGCUCAAGACCAGCUUUCUGCUCUCCAUCUUCAUCUUCGAGCUCGGCUCCUUGAUCUGCGGUGUCGCACCCACCAGCGAGGCUCUCAUUGCCGGCAGGGCUAUUGCAGGAGUUGGGGCUGCCGGUAUCGCCACCGGCGCCUACACAAUCAUCGCCUUCUCGGCCGAGCCCAGCAAGAGGCCGGUGUUCACCGGUAUCAUCGGGGCAAGCUAUGGUAUCGCGUCUGUCGUCGGGCCGCUUAUUGGCGGUGCUUUUGCCGACAAGCCUGUUGUUGCUCCCCUUCGUGAGAAGCUUUUGCAGAUGGACAUCGUCGGUGUUGUGCUCAUAAUGGGCGCCGUCAUCAGCUACAUCCUCGCCCUUCAGUAUGGUGGCACUUCGCACGCCUGGAACUCAUCUGUUGUGAACGACCGGGCCAUGAUGCCGCGCCGCCUCAUCAGCAACCGUGUGUACAUUGUGUCGUCUCUCUUCGCAUUUUUCUUUGCAGGAGCUUACUUCUUGAUCAUCUACUACCUGCCAAUCUACUUCCAGAGCAUCGAUAAUGUCAGCCCUACAGACAGUGGUGUCCGCAAUCUGCCCCUGAUCUUGGCCGUCACAGUCUCUACCAUCGUCAGCGGUGGCAUCAUCUCAAAGACUGGAUUUGCAACCCCUGUGGCCGUCUUCGGUGCUGCAUUGGCGACAGUCGCGGCAGGGUUGAUCUACACCUUUGACAUCGGCACACCGUCAGGAAAGUGGAUAGGAUAUCAGAUCCUGGGAGGAGUCGGCUGGGGGCUCGCCUUCCAGGUCCCCAUCAUCACUGGACAGGCGUCCGCCCCGGCCGAGGACUUGGCUGAGGUGACUGCCAUUAUCCUCUUUUUCCAGACCGUUGGGGGUGCAUUCCUCGUCUCAGCCUCUCAGUCUGCAUUCGUCAACGUCCUGAUCAAGACGAUCCCAUACUCGGCACCGGGUGUGGAUCCCUUGAGACUCAUCGCAACCGGUGCGACUGAGCUGAGGAAAGCGUUCACAGCAGAGGAGCUGCCCGGGAUUUUGGUGGCCUACAUGCAUGGGCUCAAGAUUUCAUUUGCCGUCGCUCUUGGAUCGACCGCAAUGGCACUGGUUGUCGUGCUGUUCUCAAAGUGGAAGAGGCUGAACCCAGCGAAUAUCACUGGAGCAGCUGCUGCGUAAUUGGAAGGCCUUCUUUAUGUUGAUCUUUUAGAGCUGGACAGGACACUGGCGUGGAGUUUGGGUAGACCGGCGGUUGUUAAUACUGUGCAUUGUUUGAAAUUAUUUCUUAGCGGACAGGGCUGUAAACAAUUCUGAUAGACAUACUAAGAAUAAUCACACCCACCCCUAAAACA